UGGUUUAUGUUUUUAUUAUAAUCAGAAAUGAUUUCAGUAAGUUUUGUUGCAUUCUCUUGAAUAAAUUUUAAAAUUUCCAUUAUUUUUACAUCGAAUUUAAACCCAAAUCCAAAGGUAAAUUUGUUGAUAUUUGAUAGAAUAUGACAAAGAAUCCUAUUAUCAAAUGAACUCAUGUCUAUCUGAUUUUUUUCAUCAUUCAAAUCAACACUCACGUAUUUAAAAUUGCUUUGAGCGUUAAAAAACAACUUUUCCAUAAAAGGGUUAAGAAUAUGAACAAUACUAUUAAUUUUAUUCUCCGUAGUUGUAGCAGAAUAAUAUUGAUAAAGAAAAGACCUCAUUGAUGUUUGUAUAUUGAAUAUUUCAAAUUCUUGAAGAAAGCUUGGAUAAUUAAUAAAAGGUUUGGGAAAGUCAAAAACGGAGUUAAAGAAUGUCGUGACCUGUUCUUUUUCUUGAUCAUCAAGACAGGAAAAAUAUGUUCGAAAGAUGAGAGCUUUUUUCGUCUCAUCUUGUUUAAUAUAUUUAAAUGGGUUUUUCCAAAGUACACGUGCAACAACUUGAAAAAAAUCUUGAUUUAAAACGACACAUGAAUAUAAAGUUUUAACAUCGUGAACAACAUACUGAAUAAUUUCAUAUAUACAGUCAACUGGUAAAUUUACUGUACUGGUGAUAUCUUGGUUUCGCGACAUAUUUCGUAAAAAAAAAAGAGAAAGAGGUAAAAAAAAUUUUUUU